AUGGUACGCACGAAUAGUGGAAUCGCCCAGCUAUCAAGGGAGUCGCUGACUACAGCGCACAAGACCGUGGUGCCGUCGUUCAUCAAGAGAAUCCACGCAAUCGUUAGGCGCAAGAUUCCUUACAUGGUGAUGAUAAUUGUGCCACACCCUAAGCUUUCAAAGAGCUAUUAUAAGCGUCGACGAACGCCUUUCCGCAAGCCGAGGGCUGCUGAAAACACCUGUGCACAGCCAGAACCAGACCAACAGUCCCAGCGUGUGGGCUCCACACCGCUCCUGAAAAGCCCGUUACAAGCCGAUUUCAGACAGGAAGACCAGGAGCACGAAGUGUACCUGGCCAACUUAUGUGAAGGAGAUCUUUCUUCAGGGCUCCUCUCAGGACACGAAGGCCGGCUGAUAUCAGGGCCAAGCUCGAUUCCGUCGCUCCUGGUGGUGGAAGGCCUUGACAAGACAAAGGAAGAACCAAAGAGCACGACCACCUCGAGCCUACAGAGACUGCCAAUCAGGGCAGUGAUGCUCGACCAACCGGGUCAGCUGUUCGCUGCUGCCGGAGACCGUGCAGACAAUGGAUCCCCCAUCAUGACAUUGCCCACUUCGGCGGAUGUCCUGCACACCAGUAGCGCGAAACGUGUCGUAGACGUCGAUGAGGUAGGCUAUGAUGCUGUCUGCGGAGGGGCCAUCGUAGAAAGGAUGCAUGCCGACAAGUUGGGCCAGGAUACAGCGGGGCUAUCAAGGGAUACAUUCCAAGCUACUGCCAGUGGCCAGCAGGAGCGGGAGGUAUAUGCCAGCCUGUCUGCGGCAUACGCUCUGAGGCGCAAAAGCACCGGCUAUAGGCGCACCGCAAAUCGCGCGCCAGAUAGUGCUUUCGUUUGCAACCAGCGCACAGAUUGGCGGCAGGAUUCUGCUCGCGGAAGGGGGUGGUAA